CUUAAUAUUUCUUAUCUUAUGGCGUGCAUUAAUGACCUCGCGAAGGACGCAAUGUCCUAAGUCACUUACAUAUAACGUCUGAUAAAAUUUUAAUAGUGGUCACUUGCGGCAAGCCGGUAGAAGUGAGAGGACGUAGUAUAGUUGGUUUGCAUUUGAGAGGUCGCGCGUGUUUUUUUGUGUGUUUAGUUGGUAUUAAAAAUUUUUUUGGGGGAUUAUUGGGAUAAUUCAAAAUGUCGGCAAAAGCGAUAAGAGAAGCAACUGGCAAAGACAUAAUCAACAGAAAUCUGCCAGAAGGGACAGCAUUCGAACCAUGCACGUUUUUAUCAAUUGACGAAUCGAAUUUUAAGAAUUUCAGCGCCUUGGUCACCAAAAACCCCUGGUUGACGAGCAAAAAGUUGGUUGUGAAACCUGAUCAGCUGAUCAAAAGGAGAGGAAAGUUGGGUUUGAUCGCCGUAAACAAGGAUGUGAAUGAGUGCAAAGAAUGGAUUGCGCAGAGGAUAAACAAAGAUCAAAAAGUCGGCGAAGCUAGCGGUAAACUGCGUAAUUUCAUCAUCGAACCUUUCGUGAAACAUCAAGAAAAUGAGGAGAUGUACGUGUGCAUUUACUCGCACCGUCACGCCGACGCCAUCUUGUUCUACCACCAGGGAGGUGUCGACAUUGGUGACGUAGACUCCAAAGCCGUGAAAUUCGAAGUCCCAGUCACGAAAACGGAAGUCACAGAGGAGGAAAUCUCGAAAGCGCUCCUCGCUCAAGUGCCAGCCGCCAAGAAACAAAUGGUGGCUAAAUUCGUGCACGCCCUCUACAAACUCUACGUCGAUCUGCACUUCACCUACCUGGAAAUCAACCCUCUCGUGGUCACAGACAAGCAGAUCUACAUGCUUGAUUUGGCGGCCAAAAUCGACGCCACCGCCGAUUUUGUGUGUCGCCCACAAUGGGGCGAAAUCGACUACCCUCCGCCGUUCGGCCGUGACGCCUACCCAGAGGAAGCUUACAUCGCCGAUUUGGACUCCAAAUCCGGUGCCAGUUUGAAACUGACCAUCCUCAACAAAUCCGGUCGCAUUUGGACCAUGGUUGCCGGCGGCGGUGCCUCCGUCAUCUACAGCGACACCAUUUGCGACCUAGGCGGCGCCAAAGAGUUGGCCAACUACGGCGAAUACUCCGGCGCCCCGUCCGAACAGCAAACCUACGAGUACGCAAAGACGAUUUUGUCGCUGAUGACGCAAGAAAAACACCCGCAAGGCAAAGUUCUCAUUACCGGGGGAGGUAUUGCCAACUUCACCAACGUUGCUGCCACCUUUCGAGGCAUCAUCACUGCUCUCAUUGAGUUCAGAGAACGUUUGGUCGAACAUAAAAUCUCCAUCUAUGUGAGAAGAGCCGGUCCCAACUACCAAGAAGGUUUAAGACGCAUGAGAGAAGUUGGACAAACUUUAGGGAUCCCUCUUUACGUUUUCGGACCCGAAACCCACAUGACUGCCAUCUGCGGUAUGGCCUUGGGCACGAGACCCAUCCCCACCGAAAACAAGGUUGAGCACUCGACCGCUAAAUUUUUGCUACCGAGCGGCGAUAAAGAUGCCAAAUCUAAGGCGUCCGUGGCAAAAGAAAUGGUUGUCGUAUCCCCCACCCAAACCGUAAAUGAAAAUCCCCUAGCUAGUAGAAUCCAGUUUCAACAGACACCGAGCCAUGUUGGCGAGCCCAUGUUCAGUGCCAAAACCAAGGCCAUAGUCUGGGGUAUGCAAACCAGGGCCGUCCAAAGCAUGUUGGACUUUGACUUCGUCUGCAGCAGGCAAGAACCUAGCUGCGUGGCUAUUAUAUACCCGUUCACGGGAGACCACAAGCAGAAGUACUACUGGGGACACAAGGAGAUCCUCAUCCCGGUCUACAAGCGCAUGAGCGACGCCAUGGAGAAGCACCCCGACGCCGACGUGCUUGUCAACUUCGCCUCGUUGAGGUCCGCCUACAGCAGCACCAUCGAGUGCCUCAACUACCCGCAGAUCAGGACGAUCGCCAUCAUCGCCGAAGGCAUCCCGGAAAAUUACACCAGGAAGAUGAUCGUCAAGGCCAACAGCGUGGGGGUCACCAUCAUCGGGCCCGCCACCGUGGGAGGACUCAAGCCAGGUGGUUUCAAGAUCGGUAAUACCGGUGGCAUGAUGGACAACAUUCUGCACUCGAAACUCUACCGCCCGGGCAGCGUCGCCUACGUCUCGCGUUCCGGCGGCAUGUCCAACGAGUUGAACAACAUCGUUUCCCACAACACCGACGGUGUUUAUGAAGGGGUAGCCAUCGGCGGUGACAGAUACCCCGGUUCAACCUUCAUGGACCACAUCAUGCGCUACCAGGCCGACAAGAACAUCAAGAUGAUCAUCUUGCUCGGUGAAGUGGGCGGUACCGAGGAGUACGACGUCUGCCACGCGUUGCAGACCAAGAAAAUCACGAAACCGCUGGUCGCCUGGUGCAUUGGAACGUGCGCAGGCAUGUUCACUGCCGAGGUCCAGUUCGGGCACGCCGGAUCGUGCGCCAACUCGAACAAAGAAACCGCCACGGCCAAGAACGAAGCUCUCAAGGCCGCAGGAGCUCACGUGCCCGAUUCCUUCGAUUAUUUGGGCGAAAUAAUCCGCGACGUGUACCAAAGUCUGGUCGGCCAGGGGGUCAUCGUGCCCGCCCAAGAAGUACCCCCGCCGACCGUGCCCAUGGACUACAGCUGGGCCAGAGAGCUGGGCCUGAUCCGCAAGCCGGCCUCCUUCAUGACCUCCAUCUGCGACGAGCGCGGCCAAGAGCUGAUCUACGCCGGCAUGCCGAUCUCGGACGUGCUUCAGAAGAACGUCGGCAUCGGCGGCGUCAUCUCCCUUCUCUGGUUCCAGCGCUGCCUGCCGUCGUACGUGUGCAAGUUCUUCGAGAUGUGCCUGAUGGUGACGGCGGACCACGGGCCGGCCGUCUCGGGCGCGCACAACACGAUCGUGUGCGCGCGCGCCGGCAAGGAUCUCGUCUCGAGCGUCGUGUCGGGGCUUCUGACCAUCGGCGACAGGUUCGGGGGGGCUCUGGACGGCGCCGCGAAGCAGUUCAGCGAGGCCUACGAUACCGGUAUGCAACCCACGGAAUUCGUAAACCACAUGCGCAACAAAGGUCAACUGAUCAUGGGUAUCGGUCACAGAGUAAAAUCCAUCAACAACCCGGAUCAAAGAGUUAAAAUUGUCAAGGAGUUUGUGUUGGCCAACUUCCCGGCAACUCCCCUCUUGAAAUACGCUUUGGAGGUGGAAAAAAUCACCACCAGCAAAAAACCGAACUUGAUUUUGAACGUCGACGGCGUCAUAGCGACAUCUUUCGUCGACAUGUUGAGGAACUGCGGAAGCUUCACGAGCGAAGAGUCGCAAGAGUACAUCCAGAUUGGCGCCAUCAACUCCCUGUUCGUUCUGGGCAGGUCUAUCGGUUUCAUCGGCCACUUCAUGGACCAGAAGAGGCUCAAGCAAGGCCUUUACAGACAUCCAUGGGACGAUAUCUCGUACGUGCUCCCCGAGCAGUACAACAACUAAUAAUAUAAGGUGCUAGGUUUAUCUGGACUGACUGUAGGUCGUUAGAAAAACAAAAAAAAUUAAUCAAUCACCGAUGUUUUAGGAAAAAGCACGAUAAAUAAAUGUUGACUGUUUUGAGAAAAAAUAUAUUUAUUUUGUCGAAUCAAUAUUUAUAUACUUUUUAUAAUAUUUAUAUUGUUUUUAUUGAAGUCUAGCGACUUUGGUUCUAUUUUUUUAUUGUAGACAUCUGUUAAGUGCGAUUCAGUGUAUUUUAAAUCUAUUUAUAAAUAAAUGUCUUAAGAAAUUA